AUGUCACAGGUAGAAGCAGCCAAAAAGCUCGCAGCGUACAGAGCAGUAGACGAGAACCUUCCUCCAAACGCCAAAGUCGUUGGCAUUGGGUCAGGGUCCACGGUGGUCUACGUUGCUGAGCGAAUUGGCCAGCUUCCCAACAAGGACGACUUCAUAUGCAUCUCGACCGGUUUCCAAUCCAAGCAAUUGAUCAUUGCCAACGGCUUGCGCUUGGGCCAAAUUGAGCAGCAUCCAGAUAUAGACAUCGCGUUCGAUGGCGCAGAUGAAGUAGACCCGCAAUUGAAUCUAAUCAAAGGUGGCGGUGCUUGUCUUUUCCAGGAGAAACUCGUUGCCAGCGCAUCGAAAAAAUUGAUCAUUGUUGCUGAUUUCAGAAAGCAGUCGAAGCACUUGGGAGAACAUUGGCAUCAAGGUGUGCCCAUUGAAGUCGUGCCAAUUGCAUUCACAAAGGUGAUCAAUGAGUUGAAAAAAAUGGGUGCCAAGAACGUCGACUUGAGACAAGGUGGCAAGGCUAAAGCGGGGCCCGUUAUAACCGACAACAACAACUUCUUGUUGGACGCAGAUUUCGGCAUAAUUGAAAACCCCAGAGAGCUUCAUUUGAAGUUGAAGGAGUUGGUCGGCGUGGUUGACACCGGGUUGUUUACUGGUAUUACUGAGAAAGUUUACUUUGGUGAAGAGACUGGCGAGGUUACAACUUGGAAAGGCGAGGUCAUUGGAACUGCCUCGGAAGAAGUGAUUGAAGAAUCAAAGUAA